UCUUGCUUAUCAGUACUCAGAGUGUUUGCAAAGGGGGGGGGGGAGGAGAAGAGGCGCAUCUCGCUUUGCACGUCCAAAUGUGCACUGCAUCGCAGGCGAGGCUUGGGUGCAAGAGAGGCGGCUGGCGCGCCUUCUCCGAGUCAUUAGCCGGAUGGGCGCUUCUCUGGGAGGACAGCUUGUAACAAGUGAGGAGUAACAAAUAUGGAGUCAUUGAUCAAAGAAUGGGCAUUUCAGCCAACGAAGGAUGAACGAAAGAUGAGCACUGAAAUUGAUGGCACUGAACCUGGUCGACGAUGAUCGGGAACUCAUCCGCAAAGUAUCUUUGCCUUCAUCGUUGGCUUCUGAUGCCAAAAUGCAAAACUGAGGUUACCUUUAAAGCAUGCAUGGUAACAGUUGCCCCCAAGGCUCUUGGGAAUAUUGGUCUGGCACUCAAAAAAUGUGGCCUGCUUCCGCCUCUGAAAGCUUCCGAGGAAUGUUGCCUUCCAAAUACCUUGUGGCUGAAAACUUCUGUACGGAUAUCAAAAAGUACACAAGUCAAGGUCUAAAGCUUAUAUGUUGAGGUUUCCUUGGGUCACCUCCCCAGAAAGUAGAUGAACUUAGCAUAGCUUUAAAACUCAUUUGGUUUACUAGCGUAUUGCAAAUGAAGCUUUUACUAAAUUUGCUUGAGUGAACCAGCCUGUAAACUUUCGUCCCCUUUCGCCCUGCUCUCUCUUCCGCUGCAAUGAGACGCCAUUUUCAGCUUGCAGCCCCUUUCUGGAAAGUAUUUUUUAAUCCCUGUUGUAUUUCUCUCUUUAAAAGUAUCUCUUCCCUGAAUAUUUGCAAGCUUUUUUUUUGGUAACCAUGGCUGCUGAGAAGCAGAAUUUGUGGAUUCCCACUUGUAAUAAUGAAUUGUUUUAUUUCGAACCACGGUUGUGAUCUAGAGGGUGUGAUCUAGAGUGUUUCCCCCCCCUCAUCUACUGGAAUUUUGCUGCCGGAGCAAAGGAGUUGACCCCACCAUGGCAGAGAAGUGCGAUUACAUUGCUAAUAUGUAUGGUUAUGACCUCGGUUGCCGCUUCAUCAACUUCAGACCGCUGGGCUUCGGGGCCAAUGGGCUUGUCUUGUCGGCGGUUGACAGCCGAAGCUGUCGGAAAGUGGCCGUGAAGAAGAUUGCCAUUAACGACGCCCAGAGCAUGAAGCACGCUUUCCGUGAGAUCAAGAUAAUCCGUCGGCUGGACCAUGAAAAUAUCGUAAAGGUCUACGAGGUGCUGGGUCCUAAAGGGGCAGACCUUCAAGGAGACUUAUUCAAGUUUAAUACAGUGUAUGUUGUCCAGGAGUACAUGGAGACCGACUUGGCACGACUCUUGGAGCAGGGACCUCUGUCCGAGGAACACGCUAAGCUCUUCAUGUACCAGUUGCUCAGGGGUUUGAAGUACAUCCACUCAGCAAACGUGUUGCACCGGGACUUAAAACCGGCUAACAUUUUUAUCAACACGGAGGACUUGGUGCUAAAGGUUGGAGACUUUGGAUUGGCGAGAGUUGUAGACCAACAUUACUCUCACAAGGGUUACCUGUCGGAAGGCUUGGUGACGAAAUGGUAUCGAUCUCCUCGUUUGCUCCUCUCGCCUAACAACUACACCAAAGCCAUUGACAUGUGGGCAGCUGGGUGCAUUCUGGCAGAGAUGCUAACAGGAAAAAUGCUCUUUGCUGGAAGCCACGAGCUGGAACAAAUGCAGCUCAUUUUGGAGACCAUUCCAGUUUUCCGCGAAGAAGACAAGGAGGAGCUGCUCAAAGUGAUGCCCACGUUUGUCAACAGCACCUGGGAAGUGAAAAAGCCUUUACGGAAGCUGCUUCCUGACAGCAAAGCCAUUGAUUUUCUGGAGAAGAUAUUGACAUUCAAUCCCAUGGACCGGCUGACUGCAGAGAUGGGCCUCCAGCAUCCUUACAUGAGUCCGUAUUACUGUCCCGAGGAUGAACCUGUGUCCCAGCACCCUUUCCGGAUCGAGGACGAGAUCGAUGAUAUUUUGCUAAUGGAAGCCAGCCAAAGUCAGAUGUCCAAUUGGGACAGGUAUCAGGUGAGCUUGUCCUCGGAUUUGGAAUGGCGGCACGAGAAGUGUCCGAAUGGGGAUGAGGUGCAGCGAGACCCCCGAGCAGGAUCGGAACCCAUUGCCGAGGAAGCCCAAGUGGACCCGCGCAAAUAUUCCCAAAGCAGCUCGGAAAGGUUCCUGGAGCAGUCGCAUUCCUCGAUGGACCGGGCGUUCGAGGGGGAUUAUGGGCGAUCGUGUGAUUACAAAGUGGGGUCUCCUUCCUACUUAGACAAACUCCUGUGGAGAGACAAUAAACUCCACCAUUACUCCGAGCCCAAGCUGAUCUUGGACUUGUCCCAUUGGAAAAGAGCCUCCAUCGCACCCGCAACGGAAUUAGCUCUGGAAGAGGAACCGUCCAACCUUUUCCUGGAAAUUGCGCAAUGGGUGACGAGCACCCAGACCGGACUCGAACGCCCCGACUCCCUCCCAGAGAUUCAAGAACGGAGCCUGCCGUCUUCUCCUCAGCACCUCCUCAAAGAACCCAAGGAGGUCAACAGCGAGAGUGACCCUCAGUUUGACUUGGACGUCUUCAUUUCCAGGGCGUUAAAACUUUGCACGAAGCCAGAGGAUCUGCCGGACAACAAGCUGAAAGAUAUAAAUGGUGCUUGUAUAGCGGAACACCCUAAUGAUAUUGUACAGACAGAGGUGUAUCAUAAAGAGAGGUGGUAGAGGAGCUGGGGUCCUCAAGGCUCAGCUCCUUAGGAACUGUUCCGGUGACACAUCAUUAACCUAAUGCCGCAUAGCGAUCAAGGUUUGAUCACACAGGAAAUGCAUCAUCUUUAUAUCAGAUACAUUGUGAUGCCUUUAUGUUAAGGGCGAGCACAGACCAAGAACCCUUUUUUUUACUCCCAAGGGAGUAAAAGGAAUCAAAAGACUAGAAUCAAAUUUUAGCAGGGUUUUUGCUGCCUUAACAAUCUUGCCUUGUACCUUCUGGGGCACGUUUUAAUCUUCAUUGACAGGACACACUGUAGACUAAUAUCUUUACACGGACAGAAAUGAGUUAAAUUGAGUUUGAGGAAUCCCCCUUUAAGAUAACCUGGCGCUCUUCUUUUUAGUGAAAUCCGUAAACAUUUUCCAAAGCA